ACACACAUAGAUACAAAUACCAAUGCGAGCCUCUCAGUUUAUUUUCUCCCUAGGUCUGAAGCCAGCCAGCACACGGGAUAAAGGAAGGAACUGGAGGAGCAAAUCUUUGAAGGGAGAAGACAGAUUCCAUUCUGUCAGGUUCCUCUGAGUGUGUGUACAAGCCAGUCAGAGAAGAGAGAGAGGAGAGAGGAAAAGCCAGAGGGAGAGAGGGGGAGAGGGGAUCUGUUGCAGGCAGGGGAAGGCGUGACCUGAAUGGAGAAUGCCAGCCAAUUCCAGAGACACACAGGGACCUCAGAACAAAGAUAAGGCAUCGCUGACAGCACACCGGCACGAGCUCGCGGCCAAGUCUGGCAGUGGGGACAGAGGCCAGCCGGCCAGGAACAGCCAAGGCAGGAAGAUGAGGUGGCUUCUUCUCUAUUAUGCGGUGUUCUUCUCCAUGUUGAAAGCUUCAGCCCAUACGGUGGAGCUAAAUGAUAUGUUUGGCCAUAUUCAGUCACCAGGCUUCCCUGACUCAUAUCCAAGUGAUUCUGAAGUGACGUGGAAUGUCACUGUUCCAGAAGGAUUUCGGAUCAAGCUUUACUUCAUGCACUUCGACUUGGAAUCCUCCUAUCUUUGUGAAUAUGACUACGUGAAGGUGGAAACUGAAGACCAGGUAUUGGCGACGUUCUGUGGCAGGGAGACCACAGACACAGAGCAGACCCCCGGCCAGGAAGCAGUCCUCUCCCCUGGUCCUUUCAUGUCCAUCACUUUCCGGUCAGACUUCUCCAACGAGGAACGAUUCACAGGCUUUGAUGCCCACUACAUGGCUGUGGAUGUAGACGAAUGUACUGACCAGGAGGAUGAGGAGCUGACCUGUGACCACUAUUGCCAUAAUUACAUUGGAGGAUACUAUUGUUCCUGCCGAUUUGGCUACCUACUCCACACAGACAACAGAACCUGCAGAGUGGAGUGCAGUGACAACCUCUUUACCCAGAGGACGGGAGUAAUCACCAGCCCAGACUUCCCCAGCCCUUACCCCAAGAGCUCAGAAUGUUUCUACAUGAUCUCACUGGAGGAAGGUUUCAUGAUCAGCUUGCAAUUUGAGGACAUUUUUGAUAUUGAAGACCAUCCUGAGGUAUCAUGUCCCUAUGACUACAUCAAGAUUAAAGCUGGUCCAAAAGUUCUGGGACCUUUCUGUGGAGAAAAAGCCCCAGAACCUAUUGAUACCAAGAGCCACAGAGUCCAUAUCCUGUUCCACAGUGACAACUCUGGCGAGAACCGGGGCUGGAGGCUUUCCUACAAGGCAACAGGAAAUGAGUGCCCAGAGCUACAGCCUCCUGUCCAUGGGAAAAUCGAGCCCUUGCAAGCCAAGUAUUCUUUCAAAGACCAAGUGCUCAUCAGCUGUGACACAGGCUACAAAGUGAUAAAGGAUAACGUGGAGAUGGAGACAUUCCAGAUUGAGUGUCUGAAGGAUGGAUCGUGGAGUAACCAGGUCCCUAUUUGUAAAGUUGCAGAUUGCAGAGCCCCAGCAGAGCUGGAACAUGGCCUCGUCACCUUCUCCACCAAGAACAACCUCACCACGUACAAAUCUGAGGUUAGAUACUCCUGCCAGCAGCCCUAUUACAAGAUGCUCCAGAAUAUCACAGGCAUAUAUACCUGUUCUGCCCAAGGCAUCUGGAUGAACAAAAUCCUGGGGAGAGAACUGCCCACCUGCCUACCAGUGUGUGGACACCCCAAGUUCUCCCGGAAACUGAUAUCCAGGAUCUUCAAUGGACGCCCAGCCCAGAAGGGCACCACUCCCUGGAUUGCCAUGCUGGCACACCCACAAGGGCAACCCUUCUGUGGGGGAUCUCUUAUAGGUAUGAACUGGGUUGUGACUGCAGCUCACUGCCUCCACCAGUCACUUGAUCCAGAUGACCCACUCCUAAAAGACUCAGACUUGAUCAGACCUUCUGACUUCAAAAUCAUCUUGGGCAAGCAUUGGAGGAUGCGGUCAGAUGAAAAUGAACAGCAUCUCAUGGUCAAGCGCACCAUUCUCCAUCCCCAGUAUAAUCCCAUCACAUUUGAGAAUGAUGUGGGUCUGGUAGAGCUGCUGCAGAGCCCAAUCCUGAACGACUACGUCAUGCCCAUCUGUCUGCCUGAGGAGCUUCCUGAAAAAGGGGCCAUGGUCAUCGUCAGUGGCUGGGGAAAGCAGUUCUUGCAAAGGUUUCCAGAGACUCUGAUGGAGAUCGAAAUUCCCAUUGUUGAUCAUCUCAUCUGCCAGGAGGCCUAUGGACAACUGAAGAAAAAGGUGACUGUGGACAUGAUCUGUGCUGGGGAGAAAGAAGGGGGGAAGGACGCCUGUUCAGGUGAUUCUGGAGGCCCCAUGGUGACCUUGGAUAGAGAGAGAGGCCAGUGGUACUUGGUGGGCACAGUGUCCUGGGGAGAGGACUGUGGGAAGAAAGAUCGCUACGGAGUGUAUUCCUACAUCAGCCACAAUAAGAACUGGAUCCAGAGCGUCACCGGGGUGAGGAAUUAA